GCUAUUGAAUUCCCCAGGGCAGCAGCCUUCUGCGUCAUUCGCAAAAUCUGAAACCCCAUCAACAGAAAUCAACCGACCACUAAAAAACUUGCGAUUAUCAGUGAUUUCUUGCAAAGUUUUCUUUAAAGUUUUGAACCCAUGACUCUUCGUUGACCUCCCCUUGUCCAGCUUCCACUCAAAUAGUAACGAAAACCCUUCUCCCUAAGCAAAGCUCUUCUCGGUACUGUCGGUUUUCAACUCCCUUUUCGCUAUAAAAGACAACUGCGUCAGGUCUCCUUCAAUGGCGGGAUCGGACAUCCACGCCCAGAAGAUUAUUAAAGCUCUGUAAGAGAGCAGGGCUGAUUAAGCUUCCCCAUCUUUGGGUCCUGCCGAUUUGUUUCAGAAUGUGACUAUGAUCUUGGGCAAAAACAGAACACCUUUGUAGAAGUUCUGGGAGAAAACACUAAAUUCAGAUUGUUUCUCUUUUGACACCCAAAAACUGUGUCUCGUCUUAGAAGAGGGUCAAAAUGAAUGGUUACAUGUUGGAUUGCGUCAUAAAGGAUAUACUUCGCGUGGUUGAACCGUUGCAGGAUGAUUGGGCAGCGCGAUUUCAAAUGAUUAACGAGUUGCGUGCGCUUGUAGAAUCUAUUGAAAGUCUUCGAGGUGCAACGAUCGAGCCAUUUGGAUCCUUCGUGUCUAAUUUAUUCUCACGCUGGGGAGACUUGGAUGUUUCUAUUCAGUUGCACAAUGGUUCGUGUAUUUCCACUUGUGGCAAGAAGCUUAAACAAAGUAUACUGAAAGAUGUUCAAAAAGCAUUGAGGAAAAAAGGUGGAUGGUAUAAGCUACAGCUAAUUCCUCAUGCUAGAGUACCCAUUCUGAAGAUUGAAAAUAUUCGGCACAAAAUUUCAUGUGAUAUUUCCAUUGAUAAUCUUUUGGGCCAAAUGAAGUCUAAAAUUUUGUUGUGGCUUAACGACAUAGAUGGGCGCUUCCAUGAUAUGGUUUUGCUUGUCAAAGAAUGGGCAAAAGCACAUGACAUCAACAAUCCAAAACAGGGAACUUUCAACUCAUAUUCUCUCAGUUUGCUUGUGAUCUUCCAUUUUCAGACAUGCUCGCCAGCCAUCCUACCUCCUCUUAGAGACAUAUACCCAGGAAAUGUAGCUGACAAGCUCCAUGGUGUGAGGGCUGAGGUUGAGAGCCAAAUUGCACAGACAUGUGCUGCUAACAUAGCCAGGUUCAAAUCAAGGACAGCCAAUAGAAGCUCUUUGUCUGAGCUUUUUCUUUCAUUCCUUGCAAAGUUUUCAGAUAUAAGUUCAAAGGCAUCAGAACUAGGAAUUUGUACAUACACAGGGCAAUGGUUGGAAAUAGAAAGCAAUACGAGAUGGUUGCCAAAAACAUAUGCAAUAUUUGUUGAAGAUCCGUUUGAGCAACCCGAAAACACAGCCAGGGCUAUUUACGCGAGGCAAUUGAUGAGGAUUUCUGAGGCAAUUCGGAUGACCUGUUUCAGGAUCACCUCAGUUCAUCAGAACCAGAGUUCUAUCCUCGCUGAAUUAGCCCGACCUCAAACAUCACAGCUAAUCGUUAAACCAUCUGCUCCGGCUAGCGCCCCGACAUUCAAUCUAGGAAAUUACCCCCCAGUUGGUCCACAGGUUCACCAAGCCAGAGUUAGGCACCCACGCCCAUGGAUUCAACAUCAGUCUCAAAACAGCGUCCCAAGGUUCAAUAUGGGGAACUUCCCCCCUAUCGAUUCCCACGUUCCCCGUGCUGGAACUACACACUCUCAUCCAUUGACUCAACAAAAUUUCUCGAAUACAAGAUGUGUAAGCAAUCCUAACAGCUCGAAAACAGGGGAGCCUUCAAAGACAUACAAUGGUCAAGGACCGCAAAAGUGGAGACCAAGGUCCCAGAGACAGGUAUAAUGAGGUUUACGUUUUUACAUUGGCUUUUGCACACAUACUUGGAUUAGAAAGCUCAAAUGCUCUCGACAUGGCGGUUUUCUGUUACAAUAUCCUUUUCACCGUGAAUUCAUUUUGUGUACUUGUCAUUGGCAUUUGAGGGAGAUCACUCGUGCCAUUAUUUUGGGUCCUGCUAUUGUAAUUCUCAUCUGGAAGACCAUUGCUUGUGAUUAUGUACCGUUCUAUCUUAUAGUCUCUA